AUGCACUCGCCUUGGUCUGGAUUGUGUUGUCCUGCCGAGUGGCCGUGGGAGAGCCAUGGGGCGGUAAGAAGACCUCUCGACCAUCAGCUGACGGGCAGCCUCCGUAACCUCACUGAGCAAUACGAUGAAGUGAUUGCGAAAUAUGAAGGACUCGAGAGCCGCCUCAUAUCAAUUGAGGGCCUGCUGCGCCAGGUGGGUGGCCAGUUGGAGCUCGCUGACGGGCAGAUUGCAGCGUCAACCCAAUCGGUGCCGGAGCUCACUCGUCGUCGACGAUCGAGACAGACGUCAGAGGCCGUCGGUUCCCCGCUGGAGGAUCACCAAUGUGACGAUGCCUUCCUUACAGGUCAUGAACCCCUUGCAUGCACUGAUCUAACUGGACGUUGGCCAGGCUCUGGACAAGGUUCGUCGCCGCCCAUCGACCAGCCGUCGUCCCCAACCCCCCGCAUCCCCCCAUUCCCCACCAUUAGCCAAGAGAAAGAGGAAAUCGCCGCCGAACAUCGGGUAUUGGAGCAAAUAUCGCCUGCACCUCCCUUCUCCCACUUUCGAGAUAUCAUUGCCGCUCGACGGAAGAGCCUCUUGCUCAACUCCAACGACUGUUAUCCACAGGCGGACGUUGACAAUCCCAACUCGAUCUUGACACCCGAAGAUGUUGACCGUCUUUUUGAUAUCUACUUUACUCAUUAUGAUAUCUGUUCCAUCGCAAUUCCGCACUAUCCUACCCGGAGUGAAUUGAAACCAUACCUGCGCUCUAUGGUUAACAAGCUGGUCGUCAAAACCAUUGAAGCAGGUGCCAAGUCUAUUGAAGAACAUGAGCUUCUCUAUCUCGCAGAAAGGGAGAUUGCCAACUGGCUCAUUUCAUCCCGCCACGCCCUAUCAAGGUACAUACAACACACUUUGCAGUGCUCCCUAAAUUCUGCUCUAACUGGUUCAGCGUACAUGGAAGCAACACCACCGCUGGCGGAAGUCUUCCGUUUCUACAAGCGGUAUUGGCUCAUGAAUAUCUACUCCCUCGCCCUCCACAUGACUUUGAAUAAGCCGGCGGACGCAAACGUCUGGCGUUAUGCCCGAGAGGCACUCUCGGACUUUGACGACAGUUGGAACGAAUUCCUGAACUCAGGUGAAAGGGUAUCUCCCCAGCUAUAUACUGACCUCCACAGUCGACCCACUUUUGCUCGGUUUGCAUCGGACGAAGAGCGUCAGAGACAUUUGGGUCUGGUCACCAGUAUGGUCGUGCGACUGGAGACGGUCUCGACGGACAGAGAGUGCACCCAGUACCUAUAUGCCGACUUUCUACGGCAACUUCUUCACCACGCAUGCUCGUGGACUACACACCCACCUUUACCACCCCCGCGGUUCUCAAUCGCCUCUGGCGACUUACCGCAGAACGAUUCUCACCCAACUCCACCGUGGCUGUCGGUCGAUGGGAACACUAUCUCCAAUGACCUUCUCAUGUUCUUCAACAACUCUACGGCGGCACAGGAUGCCGAUUGGAUUCAUGCAGUAUGGGACCAAUUAGUGGGCCUCGGAGAUGUCGUCGAAAUCCCAACCGCAGUGAAUCAACAACGUAUGGGAGGGCAAGUGACUCGACAGACCUACAGAAUGGAGGAAAACGUCAGGGUUGUCGCGAACAGCGACGAUGCCAGUCUGGCAAUGGACUGGAACCUACCCUGGAACAUGUGA